UUUAUAUAAACCAGUGACAAGCGCUGAAGAAGUCUCACAAUGAGCUAUCAGGUUUACAGAAAUACUUCAUUGGGAAACAGCUUACAAGAAAGUUUAGACGAAUUGAUUCAGACCCAGCAGAUCUCACCUCAUCUUGCCCUAAACGUUCUGCUCAAGUUUGAUCGUUCUAUAAACGAUGCGUUGUCAAAUAGACUACGGAAUAAAGUGAAUUUCAAGGGACGCCUGAACACCUACCGUUUCUGUGACAAUGUUUGGACGUUUGUACUCAACGAUGUGGACUUCAAAAAUGGUGAUUCGAUCGCCGUUGACAAAAUCAAGAUUGUUGCCGUAGACGGAAAGAAUUCCAAUCUGCCAGCGGAUUAACACUGUCCUUGAUUAACAUCAUCCGAUAACACCUAUAUUAAGAAAACACUUGAUAACUUUACUGGGUGGGGCAGUCGGAAAACCAGAGAUGGAUUUGGUGGAAGCUAGAGGGUAUGGCACAUGCAAGGGGAACAGAGAUUUGUAGAUGGACCGUUUUGCACUUGGGAGACCUACAUGUACCUGCCUUCACAGUUAUUUGUUUUGAUUUGGGGUUGAACAAAGAAAAAUUGACUUGGAGCGACUGCACUGUUAAUACAUCUAUUCCUCCGUUAAAAAAAAAAAAAUUGCUGAUUUUAUUUCAUUUUGGUUUUCUCAACACCCUACUCAAUUUGGCAAUUUUUUUUAAAGAUUUGGUUUGGUUUCAUAAAAGAAGUAAGGAAAAACAACAUUUAUCCAUAAGUUGUGUUUCCUUUUAUACUUAGGUGCACACAAUGUGAAUAUAGGAAAAUUUAAACUCAAGACAUGAGUCACAUGACCAAGGUCAAAUUUCAUAAAGCUGUUAAGCAGAAAAUUCUGCAUCGCAAUUUUCUCUGCUAAGCAAGAAAUGAGUGGGUACCAGUCACGGCAAUGGUAAUUGUAAUGUAUUUUGCCUGGUAACCUAUUUUUGCUGAGUAAGAGUUUUUGUGCUUAGCAAGUUUUUGUGCUCGCAUUUAUGAAAUUGGGCCCCGUUACUCAAGUCAGUUAUAUGUUGAGGUUGUUUGCUGUUGAUAUGGCUACAAUGGUCUGUAGAGUUGGGUGAUAAACCACUUCACGUCAGAAGAUGUGUUUUCCCGCCAUUUUUAGAACAAGUUCUGAUUUUCCUCAAUUUUUUAGCCAACAGCUGAACAGUUGUGUCCAUUGGGACUCUUUUCUGGCAUUCACCUACUGUACCUGUACAAAGCGGAACAACAGAGUCUGGAAUACAUGCCUUGUAAAAUCCCUUUCCGAGGAUUAUUCCUGAUUCUAGACCGUUGUCCUGCCUGUUGUUGUGCCAAUGUGGUAGCAGUUGUGUGUCAUUAUAUAAUAUUCCACGCAAUGGGCGAGUGCCUACUUAAUGUUCUUCCCUUGAAAAUUCUCUUUCUCAUAAUCUCAACAAAUUUCUGAAAUAUAGUACCACUGCAUGGUUUGGCGUAGACAUAUUUUAAGAAUUCUGGCGUGAAGUGGUUAAGCAUGCUAUUAAGUGAAUACAACAGAGGUAUUUAUUGAUUUUGUAAACAGAAUUCAAAGACAUUAACUUUUAAAAAGGCAUUUUAUUAUCAUGAAUAUUUAAAAGAGUAGUUUGUAACAAUAGUUUUAUUUUAGACUCUGAAUAAAGUAGUCUUCAGCUCAAAAAUUCUGA